CCCUUCUCUCUCUACUGCGCUUUCAUCGGUAACAGUAAUACUUGUGUGAAUAGCCAGGCGCCGUUGCCCUUUUCCUGCACAUCUCUCCCCCUCUCUCUCUCUCUCUCUCUCUCUCAAUGGGGGUGUACACCAAUAUCUUCGUGAAAUGAAACCCUGACCGUGAAACUCUCUCUCUCUCUCAUUAAAAUCGAAACCAAUAGCAAAAUUAAAGAAAACAUGGUGUUUUCUCAGCUUAUUGCUUCCCAUCUUCUACCUCGGUGGCUUGAAGUCCUUCUAACAGAGAAGUUCUACAACGCAUGCAUACUUCAUGAAGAGGCCAAGAAGAAUGAAAAGAACGUCUAUUGCCUGGACUGUUGCACCAGUCUCUGCCCUCACUGCUUGUCCCCUCACCGUUCUCACCGAAUCUUGCAGAUAAGAAGGUAUGUUUACCACGAUGUUAUAAGGUUGGAUGAUGCUGCGAAGUUGAUGGACUGUGCCUUUGUUCAAUCAUACACAACCAACAGUGCAAAGGUAGUGUUUUUGCACCAAAGGCCACAGACAAGGAACUUCAGGGGCUCCGGCAACUUUUGCAGUUCCUGUGACAGAAGUCUGCAGGACCCAUACCUCUUCUGCUCCCUCUCCUGCAAGAUUGAUUAUCACAUUCGAACGAAAGGUGGGAUUUCGGAGUACCUCUCCGACUUCAAAUCCUUGUCCUUACCCGCACCGGGUUUAGACGACGGUUCGAUGACACCUGAAUCGGUUCUUGAACCGGCCGGUUCGAGCCGUACCUCGUCUGGAUCGGGCGAAUACGGUGGGAUGGACUGCAAGACGCUUGGUAGUACUGCCACAACCGAGAUAGUGAGGAAGAAGAGGAGUAGCCUGUCUGCAUAUCGGGCGGCAUGUCGACCUGUAUUUUCACCCGUAUCCGAAAGUUCGGCCAGUUUGAUGAACCGGAGAAAAGGGACUCCACAAAGAUCUCCGCUUUAUUGAAUUUCGCCGCCGAUAUGGAAUGGGAGAGAUUUAGGGAGGGUUUGGGAUGAUGAAUUUGGCAGCUUUUAUUUGUUUCCUUUAGACUAAUUUCAGGAUAUUAGGAAAAAUCUCCCAGUUUUGUUGAAGAAACUCUCUCUUCUCUAGGUGGUGGAUGGAUUGGUUCUUUUUUUGGGCCCUUUAUAGAUUCACAAUACCGACAAAAGUUUCCUGUUAUAUUUUCUAGUCCCUUGUAUAUGGGGUUUAUAUAAUUUGUUUAAAGAGUUCUAGUAUUGCAUAACUCUGA